CGGGCCAGAAACUUCUGUCCGAGGCUUUGGAAGCAAGUGUGCAAAGCGACCCCAAGGACUUGAGCUAUUCCGGUGACCCUGGCGGCUUGGAGAGCGAGCGGGGAGACCAUGGAAGUGUUCUUUAUAGACCCUUCAGAUAACUAUACCGGAGAUGACUUGGGCUCUGGUGAUUUUGACUUCAACAAGGAACCCUGCUUCAGGGACGAAAAUGCCAAUUUCAACCGAUUCUUUCUGCCUACUGUCUACACCAUCAUCUUCUUGACUGGCAUAGUGGGCAAUGGCUUGGUUGUCCUGGUCAUGGGUUAUCAGAAGAAACUGAGAAGCAUGACUGACAAAUACAGAUUGCACCUGUCGGUGGCAGAUCUCCUCUUUGUCCUCACGCUCCCCUUCUGGGCAGUUGAUGCUGUGGCAGAUUGGUAUUUUGGAAACUUCCUGUGCAAAGCAAUUCAUGUUAUCUACACAGUUAACCUCUACAGUAGCGUCCUCAUCUUGGCUUUCAUUAGCCUGGAUCGGUACCUGGCCAUCGUCCGUGCCACCAACAGUCAUAAGCCAAGAAAGCUGCUGGCUGAAAAGGUGGUCUAUGUCGGUGUGUGGCUACCUGCUCUUCUGUUAACCAUUCCUGAUCUCAUCUUUGUCAAGGUCAAAGAGGAGAAGGUAAAGGUUGAUGCAGAGACAGAGGCCCAGAAGUAUGUCUGCGACCGCUUCUACCCAAAUAACACAAGCUUCUACCCCAAUGACCCACGUGAUUCAUGGGUGGCCGUGUUCCAGUUUCAGCAAAUCAUGGUUGGCUUUAUCCUACCUGGGAUCAUCAUCCUGUCCUGCUAUUGUAUCAUCAUUUCCAAGUUGUCACACUCCAAAGGCUACCAGAAGAGAAAGGCCCUCAAGACCACAGUUAUCCUCAUCCUAGCUUUCUUUGCCUGCUGGCUGCCCUACUACAUUGCAAUCAGCAUCGAUUCUUUCAUCCUCCUGGAAAUCAUCAAUCUAGGAUGUGACUUCCAGAACACUGUGCAUAAGUGGAUUUCCAUCACUGAGGCCCUGGCCUUUUUCCACUGUUGCCUGAAUCCCAUCCUCUAUGCUUUCCUUGGCGCCAAAUUUAAAACCUCUGCCCAGCAUGCACUGACCUCAGUGAGCCAGGGAUCCAGUCUCAAGAUCCUCUCCAAAGGAAAGCGGGGUGGACACUCUUCUGUCUCAACUGAGUCUGAAUCUUCGAGUUUUCACUCGAGCUAACACUCAGUGUGAAAGACUUUUCUGCUAUACAGAACUUUUGGUUAAAGUUACACCUUUUUCCAGAUACAAGAGACUGACUGAUACUGUACAG